AUCCUUCGUCUUCCACAUCCAUCUCCCGUCUUCCACAUCCAUCCCCCGUCUUCCACAUCCAUCCUUGCCUUGGGUGCGAUCCGCCCAGUUCCCAUCCUCCCUCCGCAGCGACUUGCCUCCAUCCCCUCUUCGCGGUACGCCAUUGCCGCAGGCCAAGCACCAGUGCUCCGCCGCACUCACUCUCUGUUUGGGCCAGACCAUGCUUCGCGGCGCCGCAGCAGCCCCGCCUGUCCUUGCUUGAACCAUGAGCCCGUCUCGGGCCCGCUUGCCAUGUUCCGCACCAUGUCCCGCCGCAUCCGCCACGCCCCCGUGCAUGACAACGUCGCACAGCUGCUUUGCCUCCAAAGCCAUGCUGUGCCACCCCCGGCGAGGUAUAUAUUGCCGCUGGUUGCUGCCAACAUCCAACGACCAUCAGCACCAAGCGCAGAGCCAACAGCCAAGCCCACCGAGAAGCGAGCUCGCCCAGCGCUGCCCCGUCCCGCGUUUACUUCUUUCUCUCUCUUCCUUUCUGCUGCCCGACGGCGUCGUGCUUGACUGCAUUCCCGGUUGCAUCCGAUCUUUCUCUGCCGUUGCCGUUGUCGCUGCCGCUGCCUGUAUGCGCACCCGCCAAACCAGCCGACGCUCUCUCCAACCCAAGAUGACCACCAACCCCAGCCCCGACCCCAAGCCGUCCUUGGGGAGCAGCCUUGGCCCACUGUAUUUCCUGUAUCAAACAACAGGAUCUGCGGCCUGGUCCGUCAAGGAGGCUCUCAACGAAGCCAUUCAGGAAGGCGGCGCCCUCGUGCCCUUCAUCGAGCUGCUCAACGGCUCGCAAAUGCAGGGCAUGCUGCUUGCCUUUAUCCCGCUGUACUUUAGCUACUACAAUACCGGAGUCUAUGCAAUCGACAUGUUUGUCACCACCGUCGUUGUCACUCUCGUCACCGCCCUGCUCGCCAUUCUCGGCGGCCGCGUCAAGGCCAUCCUCGAGUGGAAACAGGCCGAACUUGACAAUGUGCAGCCCAUCACCGUCAAGGUCGAAUACUACCGAUAUGAUCGAUGGAACGAGGCCGUCGAAAACAUCCACUACCAGGCCCUGGCUUGGUUCAUCACCAACCUCUCCCACGACCAGAAGACGGGCGACUACCGCAUGUCUCUCGAGCGCGAUACAAAGUCCUUCAUCACCGACCCCGACGACGACAAGAUCCGGCUGCCGGGCUUCAAUCUGAUUCCUCGCACCGACCGACUCAUCCAGAUCAAGCACAACACCAACACCAUCUCUGUCUGGUUCGACCAGACCCAGCAGGACAACAACAACGAGGAGAAACGCAGCACGUACACCUCCCGUCCCAAGCCCGAGCCGCCCAUCAUCAUCCGCUGGGACUCGUCCGAGGACACCGCCCAGAUGCAGACCGAACUUGACAAGCUCACCAAGCAGAUCUCCCAGGAUUCGACCGAGACCGAGACCGAGACCGAGACCGAGACCGCUGCUGCCAAGAAGGACACCAAGGAGAGCACCGAUACCGCUGCCGCCAAGGAUUCGGUCAAGACCGACACUGAUCUCGUCAAGACCGACAGUGGCAACGGUGAUGACGAAGACGCCGCCGGCGAUAUCCAAGUCGGCGACAAGUCGCUCAACGUCAAGGACUGCCCCAAGGGCACCCUCCAGUGGAUGAAGCUCUUCCUCGAGGAUGUCACCAAGGAAUACACAAAGUUCCAGAACUCCAAGAAGAAGCGCUCUCGCUACGAGCGCGGUGGCUACGGCUACUGGACUCACAUGCAGGAUCUGCAGGCCAGCCGUGGCUUGCAGAGCGUCGCCCUCGACAAGCUGCAGGAAGAGCUGCUCGGCCAGGACCUCAAGACCUUCCACGACGACAAGGACUUUUACGUGCGCAUGGGCAUGCCCUACCGCCGCGGCUACCUGCUGAGUGGCAAGCCCGGCACCGGCAAGACCUCGCUCGUCAACGCCAUCUCGGCCAGCUACAACCGCGACCUCUACUACAUGAACCUGAAGGAAAUCCCCGACGACAAUGCACUCCAGUCCAGCUUCUCCUCGGUCCCCAAGAACUCGAUCAUUGUUCUCGAAGACAUUGAUGCCCAGACCGGUGUCGUGCACAGCCGCGAGCGCCGCAAGGUCUUGCGCCAGUACAUGCUCUCGGUCAAGAACCAGGCCGAGAAGGAGAAGAAGGACAAGAAGAAGAAGAAGAAGGCCGAAAAGAAGUCUUCGGACGAGAGCGACAAUGACGAAGGCGACGACAACACCGCCGAGGAAGAGAGCGAAAACAGCGAAUCCGAGGAGGACGAGGACGAGGACAAGGACAAGGACAAGGAGAAGGCCGAGAAAUCGCCCCAGGAGCUCGAAGACGAAGCCGGCGAUAGCGGCAGCAUGCUUGGCGACUUUGGUGGCCUCUCUCUGCGCGGCGGUAGCAACAUGUUUGGUGGAUUCACGCUCUCGACGCUUCUCAACUGCCUCGACGGACACACUCUGGCUGAAGGUAUCAUCGUCAUCAUGACCUCAAACCACCCCGAGGUUCUCGACCCUGCCCUCAUCCGCCCUGGCCGUAUCGACCUGCACCUCGAGCUUGGCUACUGCACACGCUACCAGCUCCUGCAGAUGUACCGCUCCGUCUCGAACGACUCCACCGCCAAGAUCGACUUUGGCAAGAUUCCCGAGCGCAUCAUUGCCCCCUGCGACGCCAUGCGCAUCAUGGUUCUGUAUCGCCACCAGUCGGACGAGGUCAUCAUCCAGAAGCUGCUCGAGCGCGCCGAGGAGAUCCAAGUCCAGAACGAAAAGCGCAAGAAGGCCGAGGCCGAGGCGGCCGCCAAGGACCCCUGGAGCCGAUUUGGCCUCGGCUUUGGCGGCUUUGGCUACGAAGGAUUUGGUUCGUACGGCCCGCGGGAGCGUGAACGCGAAGGAGCUGGCGGCGACAAGAAGGACUCGGGCACCCGCACACACUAUUAAAGGGCAUGCGCGGACCCAGGUGUCUUGAGCACGACGACAACGACAACGAUGAUAUACCCUUCGAACCCCUCCCUCUGAGCAUAUUCUGCCUUGCGGCCACAUCCGAGCCGACUUUCUCCCUCUUGUUCAUUUUGGCACAUCCUAUCCAUGGACCGACUGGGCCAACCAGGCGAUUCGCAAUACAGUUCUUCUCAUAUACUAGCCAAU